UGACUGCAGCAGUAGUACUAAUGGGGGAAAGGCCAUACCCUUGCGCGUCUCCGCAAAACAUGCCGGGGUUUGCCAGUCUCGCUUUACGGACUAAUAAUUCGUUGGCAUUCAGCGUUGCAAGGGCUAUUAGAUUGUGGGACAGCACCGCUUGCGGAUGUCUUAAAGGGGUCUCGGAUUAUAGGGGGCACAGAAGCUCAAACCGGCGCGUGGCCAUGGAUGGUUAGCCUGCAGAUUCAGUCUGGCAGAUACCUUACUCACGUCUGUGCCGGAAGCUUAGUGAAAAAGAGGUGGGUCCUCACAGCUGCCCACUGCAUUAAGGAUACUAGAGAGCCUGUAAUGUGGAGAGUUGUGGUUGGAACUAAUAAGGUAGACGGGACUCAGCCAACCACCAAGAAGAUGAAAGUUAAAGCGAUCAUCAUCCAUCCAGAAUUUGACGUGGACUCUUAUGUAAAUGAUAUUGCGCUUUUUCAUUUAAAAAAAGCAGUGAAGUAUAAUGAUUAUAUUCAGCCUAUUUGUCUACCUUUUGGUGUUUUCCAAAAACUGAACCGAAAAACAAAGUGUUUUAUAACUGGCUGGGGAAGAACAAAAGAAGAAGGUAAUAUUACAAAAAAAUUACAGGAAGCAGAAGUGCAUUAUAUUUCUCGAAAUUUCUGUAAUUCUGAGAAGAGUUAUGGGGGAAUAAUUCCUAACACUUCGUUUUGUGCAGGUGAUGAAGAUGGAGUUUUUGACACUUGCAGGGGUGAUAGUGGUGGACCAUUAAUGUGCUACUUACCAGAACAUAAACGAUAUUUUGUAAUGGGAAUUACCAGUUAUGGAUACGGCUGUGGUCGAAAAAAUUUCCCUGGUGUCUAUAGUGGGCCAGUCUUCUUCCAAAAGUGGCUGACAGAUCACUUCUACCAGGCAAGCAAUAAAGGCAUAUUUGACAUAAAUAUUCUACUUGGACAGGUCCUUGUAGCUUUAGGUUCUGUUGUCUUACUAGCAACUCCAUGAAGAAAUUCUGAAGAAUCUUUAUUUUGCAUCGUGUACUUUUCCAUGUUCUACAUAAUGAAAAUUAUUUAUUCUUUUCAUAAGUAAUUGCCCACUAUGGAGUUCUCAUGAGAACAUUUUUUGGAAUAAAAGGAUUGUGACAUAACAGAUAUGUGAUUGUAAAUUUGGCACUGAAUCACAUGCCUCCUUGAUGUAUCUUGAUUGUUUUACUUUAUAAUCAUAAUUUUCCACUUGGAAUACUUUCCUGGAGUUUGUAUAAAACAUUCAGUUAAAUAAAUAUAUAUUUUAUGCGUAUAAAUGUCAAAUAGUAAAAAGUUUAUAAUUAAAACAAAAGCUGCUCUUUUAAGUUAGAUUUUAUUUUAUUCAAAAAUGUUUGUAUGAUAUAUUAUUUUUGUAUGAUAUUUUAUUUUUUGAAUUAUCAUCUUGUUUCUGGUUCUCAAAGGAUAUUUGGAGCAAUAAGUAUCUGCUUACUUAUCAAAUUCUAAUUAAAACCAUUUAAUAUUAAUACUUUCUUUCCUAUGCUGAGAAUUGUGGUGCAAAUACCCCCAAAUAAUUUAUUCUUUAUUUAGAAAUGUAUCUGUGACCUUUUCCCCAGCAUUAUAACCUAGCUUCUGAACCUUAUUUUCUUGAAGCCCAUGCUAAAAGUCUGUAUUCCUUGGGCCCUUUAAGUGAACUGUGAGGAGAGGUAACUGAAAAGCAUGCUGGAAAAGGAUGGAUGCCAAUCUGGGAUUCAUUUUACCAUG